GAUAAAAUUUCAGCUUUUAUCGUUGAGAGAGCUUUUGGCGGUGUCACCAGCGGCAAACCUGAGGACAAACUGGGCAUCAGGGGCUCCAACACUUGUGAAGUGACCUUUGACAAUGUCCCUGUGCCGCUGGAGAAUGUAAUAGGAGAAGUAGGAGGUGGAUUCAAAAUUGCCAUGAAUAUCCUGAACUCAGGGAGGUUCAUUAUGGGCAGUUCUUUAGCUGGAAUGAUAAAAAAACUGAUAGAAAUGACCUCUGAGUACGCUGCCACCAGGAAGCAGUUUAACAAAAGCCUGAGUGAGUUCGGUCUGAUUCAGGAGAAGUUUGCAGUGAUGGCCCUGAAUGCGUUUGUAAUGGAGAGCAUGGCAUACCUGACAGCAGGGAUGAUGGACAGGCCAGGACUUCCAGACUGUUCUGUAGAGGCCGCCAUGGUCAAGGUGUUCAGCUCAGAGGGAGGUUGGAUUUGUGUCAGUGAAGCACUGCAGGUCCUCGGAGGUCUGGGUUAUACAAAGAAUUACCCCUACGAGCGCUAUGUCAGGGACUGCCGCAUCCUGUCUAUCUUUGAGGGAACCAAUGAAAUCCUGAGGAUGUACAUUGCUCUCACUGGAAUGCAGCACGCUGGCAAAAUCCUCACAGGGAAAAUAAAGUAAGAAUAUGAAGGUUGGACAGUAUAAAGCUGGAAAACAUAUAAUACUGACACAGUGACAGUACUGGGCACAGGUUUCUGUUUCUUCACGUAAUCCCAGAUCUACUCCAUG